CUUCAUGCCCGGCUAAACACACCAUCCCUCGUUGCGGAACACCACUUCCUGAGCCCACAAUUGGUGCUCCAUAUUAUUUUAUCUCGAUCUUUAUCUACAUCUCCUCCUCUCCGCCUGUCUAGCUAUACUGGAUCGAGACCUUCACCGUCACGUCAUUGCGCUGCCACCCCCGAAUCUUCAACCACCUCUCCGGGGAGAGCGCGAUCCAUUGCCCAAACCACCGUAUACGGUUACCGUCUAUUGCCGGCAUCAUGUCAUAUCCAACUCUACCAGCCCUUACCCCUCAGAGGCCACUCCCUGGCGCAUACUUUCAAACACCGGCACCCAACACUGGCGCGACGGCGCCGGCAUUGACCUCCCAACAAGCCGCCGCACACGACCCACCGUCUCCCAUCCAGCUUCCUAAUUUCACUGCAGUCCAAACAAAGCCCAAGCAGAGCUUGCUGAACACGGAGCAGCGCGCUGCGCGAACUAUCAAUGACACUCUCGCCCAGGAGUCUCGCUACCCGGACUUGGACAACUCUCUGUCCCAAGGCUUCUCAUCCGACUAUGAUCUUCCUACAUCGUCACCAUGGGCUCCAUUCCAGAAGGUGAAAAUGUACAAUAUCCCUGAUCAGAUUUUUGAUCAAUACAAUCGAGCGCAAGUGUCGACGAAUAUGGGGCUUUUCGCCGAGCUGAAUCACGCCUGGGUUGCAAUUGACAAUGCUCUCUAUAUUUGGGAUUACACUCACCCUAACCCGCAGCUGGUUGGUUUCGAAGAUCAACCAAACAGCAUCAUCACUGUCAAGCUAGCGAAGCCUCGUCCGAAAGUGUUCUUGCCCACUAUCACCCAUCUGCUGGUCAUAAGCACCACGGCUGACAUCAUCUUGCUGGGCAUGGGCUGCGAGACCACCCCUGGGGGCGCACGUCAAGUAACUCUGUACCAAACCGGAAUGUCGGCCUCGGUUCGAGGGUUAGAGAUCGAUCAACUGGCCUCAUCAGAUUCCACCGGUCGCAUUUUCUUCGGCGGUAUCUCCGACAAUGAUGUCUACGAGCUCGUCUACCAGCAAGAGGAGAAGUGGUUCAAGGGCCGCUGCUCGGCGGUCAACCGUGUCAGGUACCGCAUUGUGGCUGCCUUGACUCCCUCCGUGAGCUUCACACAACAGUCGUCCGAACAUGUCGCGCAAAUGGAAAUAGACGAUACGAGGAAGCUGCUCUAUACUCUCUCGUCGCUGUCCACAAUUAGGGUUUUCCAUAUGAAGCCUGACGGUAGUCUUGCUCUCGCCAUUACAAAGAAAGCGCAAGAUAUUUACGCCAACAUUGGGCAUAUCAUCGCGUCAAACGAAACCCUUAACAGUAAAGUUCCCAUUGUUUCUAUCAGUCCUAUCCUGGCAGCCGAAGCGUCCCGAUAUCAUCUGAUGGCUACUACUGCGACAGGCUACCGUAUCUACCUCAGCGCUACUGGAUCCUACAGUUGGGCUUCAGCGCCAGAUGGAGCAAGCGCUCCCACAAGCAUGCAAGCCCACCAUGUUAAAACACCUCCAUUGGACACCGCUCCUUCAAGUCAACUGGCAGCUUCGCAAGGGCUUCAAGGCCAGGCACGCUAUCACCCCACAAUAGCAGCCAGAGUUCCUGUUCAUACUUUACAGCCCACCCGGUUCGCGGUACGCUACCCCCCAGGCCACUUCUUCUGCUUUACCUCCAAGGAUUCUGCCACAUCAGACUCUCUCUUCAUUUCGGCCCCCGAUUCUGGACGGGUGGCUCGCUCUCAAGAAACUGUUAGUUCCAAGGCUGGCGAGACGGCAGUCUGGCUAUCUUUAGGCAGCAGAGCGGAAGAUGUUGGAGUCUGUUCCCCACCCACAGAGGCCGCCAUGGCUUUUGGUGGGUUUGGUAAUGAAUUGGCUGUCCAGUUCGAUGAACCCGUGGCCGAGAUUGCCAUCCUUACCAACAAUGGCAUUCACAUCAUUCGCAGGCGGCGUCUCGUUGAUAUUUUCGCGGCCUUGUUGAGAAAUGGUGGCGAUGGCGACGACGGGUUGGAUGGUAUGGCCAACAAUUUCGUCCGUAUAUACGGCCGGAGCGAAAUGGUCGCCACAGCCCUGGCGGUUGCUUGUGGCCAAGGAGUUGAGGUGUCGAGUGACUCUAGACUCACACAAAUAAAUGAUCCGCAUGUCUUGGAGGCUGCACGCAAGGUCAUAAUUGAUUACGGAGGCAAGCCUGUAAUGAACGAAAACGCUGUGGCCGACAAUUCCACACCCGCCAUUGAUACCGUCCUCACUUCACCACGUCAUGCAGGUUUUGCGCUAUACAUUUCGAGAUUAUUGCGUUCUAUCUGGAAGAAAGAGAUCGCGAAAAUUGGACAGUCAGAGACGCCGCCCAUUGGCACGGAAACUAUAGUUUCAUCGGUGCCCUCGGCCAAAUUGCAAGCUAUUCAACGAGAUUUAUCUGCUCUGCAAGAGUUCUUCAAGACAAACAAGAACUUUAUUACAGGCCUGAGCGGACCCGAGGCUCUGACGCGGGUUUCCACAAAACAAGAAGAGACUGCUCUUCAAGGGGAACAUCGCGCAUUGCAUUCACUUGUUCAACUUGUUUCUCACACCAUUGAAGGCAUUUCCUUUGUUUCUGUUCUUUUCGAUGAACGCGUGGACGAGAUUGUGGCCGCCCUGCCCGCGGAGUCGAAGGAGCGCUUCAUGAAACUCACGUAUGAGCAGCUAUUCAGUACCGCUAAGGGUCAUGAGAUUGCCAAGGAGCUGGUGAAGGGCAUUGUGAACCGGAACAUUGCCAAGGGCUCCAACGUUGAAACGGUAGCCGAUGCUUUGCGGCGGAGGUGCGGCAGCUUCUGUAGUGCCGAGGAUGUCGUGAUAUUCAAGGCUCAAGAGUUGUUGAAACGAGCCACCGAAGUGGGCUCCAACUCGGAGCUUGGCCGCAAUUUGCUCAACGAGAGUCUUCAUUUGUUCCAGGACGUAUCUGAGAAUCUGCCGAUGGACUACCUGGUCUCUGCGGUUGAAGGCUACAUCAAGAACGAGUUCUUCGCAGGUGCGAUUCAACUCGCCUUGAAUGUAGCCGCUCGCUCAGACAAGGCCAACUUGGCCCUCGCAUGGAUUGUUGAUGGUCGUCCUGCUGAUGAUACUCGUAUCGAGUACUUCCAAUAUCGGAAGCAAUGCUAUGAUCUCAUAUUCAAGGUUAUCAUCGCGGUCGAUAAGCACACGGCAAAGGAUAUCGGUGUUGUCGACGGACAAUUGACAGUCAUGGCUAAGCGCAGGAACGAGGCAUACGGUGUGGUUUCCGAAUCCAGAGAUGAGGUGUUUUUGACCACUCUAUAUGAUUGGUACCUUGAACAAGGUUGGAGUGAGCGAUUGCUCCAGACCGACUCCCCUUUCGUGAUCACCUACCUUGAGCGCAGGGCCGACGAGGACAUCGAACAUGCCGAUCUUCUCUGGCGUUACUUUGCUCAGUCCCAACGAUUCUUUGAAGCAGCUAAAGUUCAACUCCAACUUGCGCAGAGUAGCUUUAACCUUCCUCUAAGCCGCAGAAUUGAGUAUCUGGGCUGGGCUCGGGCCAACGCCUCGAUAUUCACCCCGGAUGUCAGCCGACAGGCUCGUCAGAGGCUGGUUCAGGAAACUUCUAAUCUGAUUGAUGUUGCCAACAUCCAGGACGAUGUUUUGCAACGCCUGAAAGACGAUCCUCGGCUUGCGCCGGAACCCAGAGCCGAGAUCUUGAAGGAAGUCGACGGGUCCAUCAAGGAUAUCAGCUUUCUCUUCAAUACAAUCGCCGACCCUGGCAGCUACUACGACAUUUGUCUCCAGAUCUUCUUCCACGCCGACCACCGCAACGCGGCUGACAUCAAGUCCACCUGGCAACAUCUUCUACAAGACCUCCACAACCAAGUUUUGGAGCGGGGCGAACCUCAACCAUACGAAGCGGUGAUCGACAAGAUUCGCAAUCUUGGCGGCCGACUCCGCAUGUCGGACUCCAUCAUGCCCAUUCCAGUCAUCCUGCCCAUGCUCGAGCGCUACGCUUUGGAGCACCAGCGUGACGUGGGCCCCCCGACGUGGAUAAUUGACCUUCUUCUCGAUCUGAACGUCACGCAUGAGACCAUGUUCACUGUCCUCGAGGGCAUGUACUAUACAGACGAAGCGCCUUUCCAGGGCAACAAUCGGCGAUACAUCGCCAAGGACCUCCUCUACCUCAUUCAGCACUGGUACCACGAGACCGUCCGCCCUGGUGGCCGAGUCUUUGGAAGUGACACCGCCGCUAACCGCGUCCUUGAGACUCUCCUUCUGAUCCAACAGGGCGGCGGCAUUCCACCCGAUCAGUUGCGCGUUGCCAACGAGCUCCGGACUAAGGUCCAGGAUAUAUUGCGGUAAUAUAGUGUGUGAAUGUGUGUUUGUAAUCGGAUUAUAGGAUUUGAUGAUUAGGUAGCACGGUUCAAAUUUCACCUUCCUUACAUUCUUUUUUUUUGCAUGUUUCAUGUCCCCAACAACAGGAAGGCAGCGAGCGAUAGAAAAGGGGUAAUGGAGUUUCCUUAUUUUUGUUUUCCCUUUCUUUCAGUUUUCUGAUCUUACAACUUUGUACCAACUGCUGAAUCAGAUGAGAGGGAUUUCAAGUGCAGUGGAGUAUUCUUCCGAUGAGUUCAUCCUCACAUAUGGUUACCUAGUUAUAGAUAAGGUGGGUGCAGAUGAGGGCUGGUCGUCUCGUUAUUUGGCUCGCGCGACCCAAAAUGGCUUAG